AUGUCCUCUAAAGCUCCCAUCGAGCUCUCACCCGUCGAAUUGGGAUCUCGCGAUGCCAGUCCUCACUUUGAUGGCUCUCGCGAAAACACCCUCGUCGUCGACGAUGACGCCAAACUCGCCCAGCUCGGCUACAAACAAGAAUUCGUCCGCGAGUUCACUUCGAUCUCCACCUUCUCCUUCGCAUUCUCCAUCAUGGGUGUCCUCGCUUCCAUCACCUCCACCUUCAUCUACCCUCUCAUGUCCGGGGGCCCCGCGGCUGUCGUGUGGUGUUGGUUCGCCGGUUCCAUUUUCGCGUUCUGUUUGGCGUGUUCCGUUGCGGAGCUCGUGAGUGCGUACCCGACGAGUGGAGGAUUGUACUACACCACCAAGCACCUCGUUCCGAAAAAGUACGUGCCUGUCGUUGCGUGGUGUACCGGAUGGCUCAAUCUUCUUGGUCAGACCGCCGGUGUGGCAUCUACCGAUUUCGCUUUGGCUCAGAUGAUUCUCGCGGGUGCGACGAUGGGAUCCAAGUACGAUGCGGAGACUGGGUUGUUUGCGUACACUCCUACUAACAACCACACCGUCGGUGUCUACGUCGCCAUCAUAUGUUUCCAUGGCCUCUGGAACUCGCUCCCUACCAAGUGGUUCGCUUCCAUCACCAAGUACUUUGCUUUCAUCAACAUCGCUGCCUCCAUCGCCGUCGUUGCUACCCUCUUCGCUAAGCAGGAUACUCUUCACUCCCCCUCCUACGUCUUCGGACACGUCGAGAACAACUCUGGCUGGUCCUCCACCGGUUUCUCUUUCAUCUUGGGUUUCCUCUCUGUUGCAUGGACCAUGACCGACUACGACGCCACUGCUCACAUCGCCGAAGAGACACACAAGGCCGCUAUUCGCGCUCCCGUCGCUAUCGUCUCCGCCGUCACCGGUACCUUCAUCGUCGGCUUGCUCCUCAACAUUACCUUCGCCUUCACCAUGGGCGACCCCACCCUCCUCACCUCCUCCCAAACCGGUAUGCCCAUCUCGCAACUCCUCUACAACGUUGUCGGCCGUAAGGGCGCACUCGCAAUCUGGCCUUUCAUCAUCCUCGUUCAGAACUUCACCGCUGUCACUGCGCUUUCCGCAACAGCUCGUACUGCGUUCGCGUUGGCGCGUGAUCAGGCUUUACCGUGGUCGAGCCAGUGGGCAAAGAUGAACAAGACUGUUAAGAUCCCGCUUAACGCCGUUUGGUUGAUCGUUGUUUGCUGUAUCCUCCUCGGUCUCAUCGCUCUUGGAUCCACCGAGGCAAUCUUCGCUAUCUUCUCCUUGACUUCCAUCGCGAUGGAUUGUUCUUACAUCAUCCCCAUCAGCGCUCGUCUCAUCUGGGGUGAGCAACUCGGAUACACCCCCGGUCCUUUCAACUUGGGUUUCGCCGGUAAGGUCAUGUCCGUCAUCUCCAUCGUCUGGGUCUUGUUCAUCUCUACCGUGUUGUGUUUCCCGACCUACAUGCCCGUUACCCCGCAGAACAUGAACUACGCCGUCGUUGUCUUAACCGGUGUUGCGUUGUUCUCCGUGUUCUGGUGGUACGUCGAUGCGCACAAGUGGUAUGUCGGUCCUCGUGACAACCUCGAGGAGGCCGAGGCCGAAGCGUUGGAUUACAAGCAGACUCCAGAAAUUGCGGAGGUGAGAGCGGCGUUGCACGUCGAUGACAACUCCCAUCGGUGA